AUGUUGCUUUUUGUACUACUGCUGGCUAGCUCGCAAAUCGCGAAUUGCUUGAUAUGCCAUCAAUGUGAAGGAUGGCGAGGAUCGAAGAUAUCUUCCAAAGAGAACUCCUGUUUGCGUUACAACAAUAAUUGUGAGACAAAUGUAUUCUGUGUCAAAAUCACUGAGCCGAUGACAAAACAAUCGACAUACGAACCAUAUAAAUCGGAAUGUUGGCAUCAAAAUAAUUUGAUCAAGCAUCUCCUCCGAAAAGAUGGACAUACUGUUUUUGCAACACUCAUGAUUACUGUAACUCGGCGUCGUCUUUCUUUAGUUUUCUAA